AGGGAACCCCAUGUCAAGGGCUGCUUGUGCCCUGUUGAACUGACCCGUGUCUGUGGGAGCAGCUCUUGCUGUGGGCAGUGUGCCCCAAAGCAGGAAACCUCCGUGUUUCCUGGAGGUCAUUUAGAGCGUGGCUGGGUUUGUUGGGAAGCACGUCCAUGUGAGCAGCAGCCCACAGUGCUGUGUGUGACACAGGAUGCCCUUGGCUUGGCCUGGUGGAGCCUGGGUGAGGGAAAGCUGCACCAGGACACUUGGUCUUGGCUUUUGCUGCUGAUGGGAUGUCAAACUCCUUAGCGUAGGGGAGAACUUCCUUUGAUGAGUCCCUUCUAACCCAAACCAGACUGUGAUUCUAUGAUCCUGCAGCUUUCAAAAGGCCCAGGGUGUCUUGGCGUGCCAGCCAGGAAGACAAGCUUCCUAGAUGGCCACGAGGAACAUGUGGGUGUGUGGCUGAUGAACCCAGCCCUCACCCCAAGUAACUCGGAAGUAGGAGAUGCCUUUGAUUUUUGUUAUGGGUAAUGACACGGGUGGGGAAAACCUCAGGAAGUGCUUGUGGAAGGAGCAGUGUUUGCCCAUCGGCACCCUGCAGAUAGCUGAGGGUUGGUGAUGCUCAGCACCAUAAAGGAGCUGCCUGUAUCUGCACUCACAUGGAGAUCCUGGGAGGCCAGGGCAGGGCUGUCUGCUCCCAGCUGGAACAUGGGAGGAGUGAUCCCUCCAGCAGCAAGAGCUCACCACCUGCCUGGGGAGGGUACCACAUACCUGCUAGCAGGACUGCAGCCUCCCAGAGCUGAGCCAUGCUGUAAGGUGGGGACACCCAGCCAGCAGUGAGAGCAAUGGCCCAGUCUCGUACCAAUGGCUCACACUAUGCGCUGACAGCAAUAGGGCUGGGGAUGCUCGUCCUUGGCAUCAUCAUGGCUGUGUGGAACCUGGUCCCUGGCUUUGGCCCUGAUAACAAACCCACCACCCAUGCUGGGAACAGCAGCAAGCCCGACCGUGGCAAUGGAGGCAUUCUGAAGAGCAAGACCUUCUCAGUGGCAUACGUGUUGGUAGGGGCGGGUGUGCUGCUGCUGCUGCUCUCCAUCUGCCUCAACAUCCGGGACAAGAAGAGGCAGAGCGAGGACAUUGUUCGUGUGCAGCACCAAGUGUCUGUGGAGCCCUCGCACCAGGAAGACAGCCAAGAAGAGGACGACGACACAUCUUCCCAGUACUAUGUCCCCAGCUACGAGGAGGUGAUGAACACGGGCUACUCUGAGCACAGAGACUUGGACAGGAGCACCAGGAUCAGCGUCUCCCUUCCCUCCUACGAGUCACUGACGGGGCUGGAUGACAGCACCACGGUCCCCAGUGCCAUGAGCACGGAGCCAGGCACAGAGCAGCUGCCCGGGAGGCAGAGCUCCCGCCUCAGCAAGCGCCUGAAGCCGCUCAAGGUGCGCAGGAUCAAGUCAGAGAAGCUGCACCUGAAGGACAUCAGAUUAAACCUGGCACAGGGGAACAGCACUGCCCCUAUCACGAUAGAGCCGCUCACCCCCCCGCCCAAGUAUGAGGAGAUCCAAGAGAAGGUGCCGGGGAGCCAACAAAUGACUUAAACCAUUCCCCAGAAAGCAGGAACCUGUGAUGCAGCUGGGAUUUGGGGGAUUUGGGGGGUUUUAAAACAACCACACUAAGAGUGGCUUGGUCUGUGGGUGCAGAAGUGGUCAGGGCUUCCUGGAAGCUGCAAUGUGGAGAAUGCAAUAGGUGCAUAGUGCUGCAGCGUGGGGACAGGGUGAGUUUUCCCUCAUUACAGAAGACUAUGGGGAAAGAGGCCUGGAUGCCAGUGAGUCUGCUGCUGUGAAGUAAACAAAGGCUGCAAGUGCCAGAAGUGUCAUUUGUGGUGUUUUUACAUGAGGACCACCCAGUGUGGUUCCACUCUGGAUUCCUCAGUACAGGAACAUGGACCUGUUGGUGAGGGUCUAGAGGAGACCACAGAAAUGGUCCGAGGGCUGGAGCAGCUCUGCUGUGAGGAGUGGCUGAGAGAGCUGGGAUUGUUCAGCUGGAGAAGACUCCAGGAGACGUUAUUGCAGCUUUUCAGUUCUUAAAAGGGGCCUGUAAGAAACAUGAGGAGAGACUUCUUAGUAGGGUGUGUUGUGACAGGAUGAGGGGUGAUGGGUUUAAAUUCAAAGAGGGAGAUUGAGGCUGGAUUUGAGGAAGAAAUCCUUUACACUGAGGGUUGUGAAGCACUGGCACAGGUUGCCCAGAGAUGUGGUGGAUGCCCCAUCCCUGGAAACAUUCAGGGCCAGGCUGGAUGUGGUUCUGGGCAGCCUGAUCUAGAUGAAGAUGUCCCUGCUCAUUGCAGGGGUUUGGACUGGAUGAGCUUUGAAGGUCCCUUCAAUCCAAACCAUUCUAUGAUUCUCUCCUGUGUUGUACCUUUUCACCUCCUUUUCUCCUUACACCCAGCAAGACGUUUCCAAGUCACUAAACUGAUACUGAACAAGGAUUUUCCAAGUGGAAAAGGAAAAUAUUCUUUUUUAUUCUUAUUUUUGGUGUCUUUUCUGUCUUAGUAAGGGUAACCACAUUGCCAGAGUUCACUGCAGCUUCCUUCAGUCUGGGGCUGGGCUGGUGGCCCGGAGCCAGCCCAAACUCCUGCCAAGGACUGUGCUUGUUGGUGGGGGCUCAGAAACAGGCUCUGUGCUCCUCGGGACGGGAUGGAUUUAUUGCCUUGCUUGUUUUCUCUGUUGUGUUUUGUGUUCUGAUUCAAAGGGGUGUUUGGAGGAUGGAUCCAGGUGGUUGGGAGCUGGUGUGUACCUGCCAGGAGGUGCAUUGCAGGGUGCAGUGACUGUCGAGCAUCCUGAGCAGACCUGCUCUAAAUAAACACUUUGUACCUUG